UACUGCGUAUUAUUUCAUGCAAUUACUCUAAAAAAAAAAAUUCUGUAUAGUAUCAAUAUCCCCGAGGGGCUUCCCCGUGAGUUUUUACCAUUAUAAAAAUAGACGAUCUGUGCAGAAAUGUUAGAACAACGUCAAAAUGUCUCAUGUAACCGUUAUUUUGAUCGUCUUUGCGUCCGCAACUCUACAAGUUUCUUAUUCCUUAAAACCAGAUUACUACUGGCGUGAAUACACAGGAGAAGUUCCAGAAGAUGCUAUAGUCGCAGGUACGGACAUCAACGGUCAAAGUAUCUACAUCGGGCAAGCAUACAUCAAAAACUGGGGCUUGAUAGUGACCCAAAUAACCCCAGGUCGAAAACAAGUCCGCGUUCCUAUGAAAGGAAUCAAGAUCGUCGACAAAUUCGUUAAGAUCCUCUGUGGUCCCCAAGAAAAAGUGUACUGGAUGCCCGCAACAUCAAAAACUCUUCACUUGUCACUAAUUGACAAACACGCCGUUGUUGGUGGUCACGAAGAUGGGAAGGGUUACUUAGGAAUUGGACGGAUCAGUCAUGGAGGAGAAGUGAAAGUUGGCAAGAUCAUCACGUUCAGUGCCGAAAGUGCCUAUUUUUACUUCGACGAUAAUGGUCUGGAGAGGCUUAUCACGUCGUACCAGAUUCUAAUGUACGAUGACAGGAUAAUCGACCUCAGGGUUAAAAGUUUCUAGAUUAUUAUCAAACUCUAAGAAAUUGUAUUUAUUUUUGUUAUAAUACACAUUGUAUUUGCUUCAUAUUGAGAAUUAAUUCUGUAAAAACAAGAUUUAUCAAAUAAAAAAAGUCAACAAAAAACGCGAUAAUAACGCUAUGAAAGCAUUGAAAAAUUCGUUCUCAGACACUCAUCUUUCACCAGUUCAACAUGUCCAUGUUCGUAGUUCUUCUCAUAGGGUAUCUUGUAUCAAACUGCUACAGCCACCAAAGAGAUUACUGCUGGAAAGAGUACUUAGGGUCGGUACCACCAGACGCCGUAAUAGCUGGUGAAACCCUAGAUGGGCAAAACGUCUACGUUGGUCAGGCUUUCAUCAAGAACGUAGGAUUAAUUCCAGGACGCGUUAUCCCAGGGGACACAAAAUUGCAUGUUCCUCAUGAUGGACAGAGCAAAGAAGGAAAAUACAUAAAGAUUCUUUGCGGGCCCCAAGACAAUUUCUACUGGUUGAAAGCCAAUUCUACCGAUCUUCAUCACCUUAUUACUGAUCAACAUCCAGUUGUUGGAGGCCAUGACGAGUCCAAUGGGUACUUAAACGUUGGUAGAAUCAGCGUGGGAGGAGACACGAAAGUUGGAAAAGUAGAUUCGUUUCGUGUUGAACAUGCAAACUUUUACUACAGUGAUGGCCAAGCUGAAAAAUUAACCAAGUCUUACGAAAUACUGAUGUACAAACACGAAAAUCGACUCUGAUAUACUGAGCAAUUGAUUAUUUGUCUUUUAUACACGACGCACAAUGCAAAAUAUAUAUACAUAUAAACAUAGA